AUGAGGCAAGAUCUGAAACUUUGCUUCUCUGUUCAAGACUUUCGACUUGUCUCGAGGGGCAGAAUGGGCAUUACAAGAAUGACUCUGCAUACCUCUACCACCACGGCCCCUCCCCACAUAUCCGCCAUAUCCACCAUAACCUCUUCCUUGGUACGACCCACGAAACCGACCACCACCACGGCCAGGCCCACGUCCUCCACGACCCCGAUCCUCUUCCACCACGCCCUCUAUAAUUGUUACGCAGAUGAUAAACACCUCCGUUUGGCUAAAAGAUAUAAUAAAAUACAUGCAUAUAAAGACACUAGGGAGAAAAAACAUAACAAAAAACCUUUUGAGCUCGAGUAUUUGCCGGCAAAGGUAAUAUUGGCGGCUGAGCUUCGGGUGCUACAGGCAACAAAGCUUCUGGAGGCGGUUUUGAUAACACUUGGACCACCUCAACGUCCUUCUGCACUGUCUGUGAAGCUUGAGGUGCAGAGACAGCAGGUGGUGCAGAUUGCAGAAGCUGACCAGGAGUUACAAGUGGAGGUGCCUUCUUAUCAGUAA